AUGGCUUUUGUUAAAACUCAAAUAUGUGGAAUUAAAGGAUUUAUAAAUGAAUAUUUUAAAGAAAAAGAACCAUGGCAAGUUGUGGUUAUAACUGCAUCUACUGUAUUUACUCUAACAUGGAUUCACGAUUGUAUUUCAAAAGAAAUAAAUUUGGUCGAUAGUGGUAAAAAAUUAUUUUUUAAACUCAUUAAAAAAAUUCCAUCAGUUAAAAAUAAAAUUGAUAAAGAAUUGAAAAAAAUUGAGAAUGAAUUUGUGAGCGAUGUUAAAAAAAGAAAUAAAGGAAACAAUUAUAUUCUUGAAUUACCACAAAAUGGAAUGUCGAGUGAAGACAUUUUAAAACUCACCGAUGUGUAUUUGAAUAGUGGUGAAUAUAAAUGGGAAAAUGGAAAAGUAUCAGGAACGGUUUAUUAUUAUAAUAAUCAAUUAGUCGAACUUAUAACUCAAAUUUAUGGGAAAACAUCAUAUACGAAUCCUUUACACCCUGAAGUAUUUUCUGGAAUAUGUAAAAUGGAAGCAGAAGUUGUUAGAAUAACAGCAAAUUUAUUUAAUGGGGGACCUGAAUCAUGUGGCACUAUGACCACUGGUGGAACUGAAAGUAUUAUAAUGGCUGUCAAGGCUUAUAGGGAUUAUGCUUUUUUCGAAAGGGGUAUUAAAUAUCCUAACAUGAUAGUUGCAACCACAGCUCAUCCUGCAUUCGAUAAAGCAGCACAAUAUUUAAAAAUUAAAAUAAUUCACGUUGAAAUCGAUUCGAAAACUACUAAAGUUAAUUUGAAUGCGAUGAAAAAAGCCAUUACACAAAAUACUUGCAUGCUUGUGGGUUCCGUCCCGAAUUAUCCAUAUGGAACGAUGGAUGACAUUGAAGGAAUAGCUGCCCUCGGUUUAAAAUAUAACAUUCCCGUUCAUGUGGAUGCUUGUUUGGGAGGUUUUAUCAUACCAUUUAUGGAAUCUGCAGGAUACCACAUUCCUCCUUUUGAUUUUAGAGUUGAAGGAGUUACAAGCAUUUCAGCAGAUACACACAAGUAUGGUUGUGCUCCAAAAGGAUCAUCUGUCGUAUUGUACAAAAGUAAAAGUUAUCUUCACCAUCAAUACACAGUGACAACCGAUUGGACUGGAGGAGUCUAUGGUUCACCGACAGUGAGUGGUUCAAGAGCUGGUGGCAUAAUUGCAGCUUGCUGGGCUACAUUAAUGCACUUUGGAUUUUCUGGUUACGUAGAAACAACAAAAGCCAUAAUUAGUACAACGAAAUACAUUGAGAAUAAAUUGAAAGAAAUUGAUGAAAUAUUUGUUUUUGGUUCUCCCAUUACUUCAGUUGUUGCCAUUGGUUCAAAUACAUUUCAUAUAUACAGACUUUCUGAUGCUUUAUCUAAAUGUGGCUGGAAUCUCAAUCCACUUCAAUAUCCUCCUGGCAUACAUUUGUGCGUAACGAAUUUGCACACUAGAAAAGGAGUCGCCGAAAGUUUUAUUGAAGAUGUCAAAAGAGAAGUGGCCGUUAUUAUGAAAAAUCCAGAUGAGGAAGUUAAAGGAAAGAUGGCCAUGUAUGGAACUUCUGCAAAUUUACCUGAUAGAACAGUAGUUGGAGAUUUUGCGAGGAUAUUUUUAGAUGCAAUGUUAUACAUUCCAGAACAAGAAUCGAAGCUAAAAGAUUCCGACUCUUUUAAAAACUAG